GGAUAAUUAUUUAUUCAAUGGAGCUGACUCACAAUUCAGAACACCCAAUGUGAUUUAUUCUUUGGUUGGGGAAACAAUUAUUGAUCCGGUGUUGAUUCGUGUUCUGGAAACCACAUGAAAAUACCUAAGCAGCCGCAGAUGCUGAGCGGAGCUGGGCCAAGUUGGUAAGAACUGCUGGUGGUAGGAGCUCCAGCAUAGCGCACAGGGCGGGCCCAGAGAAAGGCGGGCCCAUUGUUGGGGGAUUCGGCUUCGGAGGAGGGGACAGCAUUCAGGGGUGUACCAGGCCCCAGAGGCAGCGGAAAGGGAGACUGUGGGGAACUAGGAGCAACAGCAGGCAUGGACCAAAGCAGUGAAGGAUGUAUGAAAAAGAUUAGCAGUGUGAAUCUUGACAAACUUAUAAAUGACUUCUCACAGAUAGAAAAGAAAAUGGUAGAAACCAAUGGAAAGAACAAUAUACUGGAUAUUCAGUUGGAAAAGAGUAAUUGUCUAUUAAAAGUAAUGCAAGCAAAGGAGGUCUCCAUUAAAGAAGAAUGUGCUACUCUUCAUAAUAUAAUAAAAGGGCUACAACAGACCAUUGAAUAUCAACAGAAUUUGAAAGGUGAAAAUGAACAACUAAAAAUAAGUGCUGAUCUUAUAAAAGAGAAGUUAAAGUCUCAUGAACAGGAAUAUAAGAAUAAUAUUGCCAAACUUGUAAGUGAAAUGAAAAUCAAAGAGGAGGGAUAUAAGAAAGAAAUAAGCAAACUUUAUCAGGACAUGCAGAGAAAAGUUGAAUUAAAUGAAGAAAAGCACAAAGAACUAAUAGAGAAAAAGGAGAUGGAAAUUUCAGAGUUAAAUGCAAAGCUAAGAAGUCAAGAAAAAGAAAAACAAAAUGAAAUAAUCAAGCUACAACUAGAAUUUGAUGCCAAACUAGCAAGAGUUCAGACUAAAUCAAAAUCAUAUCAGGAUUCUACUGUUUUGCCACAAAGUAUCUACAGAAGGAAACUUCAACAUUUUCAAGAAGAAAAAAACAAGGAGAUUGCAAUUCUUCGUAAUACCAUUCGCGAUUUAGAGCAACGCCUUUCUGUUGGCAAAGAUUCUCACCUUAAGCGUAGACGGUUUUGAGUUUAGCAGUAAAUUCAUUAGUUGGUAUUUAUUUAAAAGCAAUCAAAAGUUUCACUUCUGUUUUCAAUAUAUGCAUACAGCCUAUAUAACAAACAAA